UGCCGGUUCCACCGCCUGAGCGAUCCGGCACGCGUUUAGUUGCUUGCGGGUCAAACGCUCGUCCGGUCGCGACGCGUUCUCCGGUCCCUCGAAUCAUCAUCAAUCCGCGAUUAUCAGCCGCGUCGGAUAUUCCGCGUCGCGAUUCGCAAACCAGUGCUGUGCGGAUAACAAUUCUGGAUUUGGAAAGAAGGGCCAAGUCCCGUCGCCCCCUACGGUUUUUUUAAAAACGCAACCGGAAUUCAUCCUGCCUAGUAUGCGCGGUUUUUCGUCGCCUCAAGCGAGGGUCAAUCGCCGUAAUAACCGCACUUGACAAGACGAAUUAACAGCCGAUUCGCCAGUUCGUGCAUGAAAAUCGCCAGCCGCCGUCGUCCGGAUUUCGAGUUUGGGUUCUGUGAGCUGCGAACUUUCGUGAUUGAAUUUCAGUUCGUCAAAUUUCGCGAGCGCCAAAAGCGAGAGUGUUUUCUUUUUAAGUCAGUUUGAAGCUUUACGAUUUGUUGCUGCUGUUUCUGUUUUAUUGUGUCCCGUUUUGGGUUCUUUUUACUGUUUAUUCAACUGAAAUCGUUCAGAUUUACCUGUGAGAAAAGUUCGCACCCGUCACACCGAAGUCGAGAUGACGGGGAAAUAAGUGCCUGCUGAAAGGAGCCUAAAAACCCCAAAAAUUUCAACCUACCAAAAAAAAACCACGCCGGAAGUAUACCCAAGGAUUCAUCCAACAGGAAAUUGCUCGGCAUAAAAUGACCGGUUUUUUCACCCUCGUUCUGUUCGCGGGGCUUUUCGCUGCCUGGCCUGAUCGAGUCCAAGGCAGCAACGAUCAGCCCUCGCUGACGAUUGACGUGCACGCUGAGAGGGGGUCAACGGUGGAAUUACCCUGUGCUUUAAAGCUCCCGGAGUGCGGGGGUCUCCACAGCAUAAAGUGGUACUGGGGGGCGACGCGGAUCUUCAUAUUCAGCGAGGGUGUUGGACUGACUGCCAGCGAUGACGAAAUAUCGCACAGAUCGAAUAUGACGUACGAAGCGAACGCGACUAAGACCUUCCUCAAGAUUCCUGAUCUUAAACUCGACGACGAAGGACUCUACAAAUGCGAAGCGACUUAUAUGGCGGUGAACAACCGAGAGUGCAAUAACGUCCAGCACAUUAUAUUGACCGUUACAGUGAAACCGGAAAAGCUGAUCGUGACGAACGAAGAUACGUCGGAGCCGAUCGUCCACGAGAGUACGCUGAGUCCAGUGAACGAGGGUACGAAGUUGGUUCUGAACUGCGAGAGCGGACCAGGAAAGCCAGUUCCCAUGGUCACGUGGUUCAACGGAACGCAGCGAUUGGAAGCAACGAACUCAACCGAGGUGGAGGAAAAUGGUAUCGGAACCGCGAGCAGCCGUUUAGAAGUGGCCGUUACACGUGGUGACCUAGGGGCGAGUUUCAUCUGCAGGGCGAGCAGCCCCGCGCUUAAAGAACCCCUGGAAGUUAAAACAGCGGUGGUAGUAAACGUUCGCCCCCUUGGUAUGGACCUCAGCGGUGUCGUGAAUCACGUCGUCCAGGGUUCGAAGGUGAUCCUCCAGUGCCAAGUGCAGGGCGCGAGGCCGGCGGCCAACAUCACUUGGUUCAACGGCACCGAGCCGAUCAGCAUCGGAAACGAAGUCAACGUGCUGAACCGCGAGCUUGCGGAAUCGCCUCAACCAUAUGAAUUAAAGACCAGCAUAAUACAGCUUAUUGACGGCACUUACCGCACAGAGAGCAGCCUGAUAUUCGAGGCGACCCACUAUCAAAAUGGAAAGAAGUUCAGUUGUCACGCCGAGAACAUCGUGACGCUUCAGAAGAGCAUCAGGCCGAUGAAGAAGUCGAUAAUCCUGGACGUUUACUAUCCGCCGAUCGUCAGCUAUCCAGUGGGAAAUAUAACGGUAAACGAAACACUGGAUAUCCAUUUGAUCUGCGAGUACAUCGCUAACCCGGCGCAGUUGGAGACGGUAAAAUGGCUCCAGGACGGUGAAGAGAUCAAGCUGACGGACGAUCGGUUCGACGGUGGUACCGUGGAGCAACCUAUACUAAUAAUAAAAAACACCAGCUCUUCGGACAUGGGGAAUUAUUCCUGCGUGCUGGGAAAUAGCGUCGGAGAAUCUGUCUCACAGGACUAUAUCGAGGUCUCCGUGUUGUAUAAACCCGUGGUUGAGGUAUCAACCGAUCCUCCUGACGCUGUCAACGAGGCCGACAGACUGAACGUCUCUCUGAAAUGCGAAGUUCGGGAUGGAAACCCGACGAUCCUCACCGCUGUUCAGUGGUUCCUGGACGGUGAUCUCCUCAAAGAACUGCCAGAGUGCGUUAGCAACUCAACGCCUUCCACCAUGGACGUAUCUUCGACCUUUUGCGACAUUGACCCGAGCAAGCUGCUCCUCGAAGUCGUCGGCAGGUCUUUUCACGGAAAUUAUUCCUGCAAGGGAAGAAACGACGCCGGCUGGGGACCCACCUCCGAAAGCAAAGCUGUUGUUGUCUAUUACAAACCGGGUCCAGCUUCGAUAUCGUACGAGCCAAAGGAAGUGGUGAAAAGGGAUCGGCUGAAGCUAACGUGUUCAGUGGUGGACACGGGUCGGCCAGAAGUAACGGGUUACAAAUGGAUGCGGGGACAGCACCGUCUCUCCGACGAGAACAAAUCGGUCUUGGAUAUAAAAUCGGCUGACCUCGAGACCCAGGCGAACUUCACUUGUUGGGCAUACAACGAGGCAGGAGACGGAGACCCGGCGACGGUUUUCGUCCAAGUUUUCGCGCCCCCCGCCUUUGUGAGAAAGCUACCCCCUUAUACGGGGGUCGUUUAUGACACCCAGAAAGCUAGCAUAUACUGUUCGGUCGAGUGCGUUCCUCUGUGCAAUAUAUCCUGGAGCAAGGACGACGUCCCGAUGAACUUCACCGACAACAAACAGUACUUUGUGAAAAACACCUAUCACGAUCCUGACCCGAAGACCAACGACUUUCAGAGCAUUCAAUCGGAGCUCAUUUGGAACCUUUCCUGGUGGCCGAGUGGUAAGCUCGACCGGUUCGAUGACAAUGGGAAAUUCACUUGCGAAAGCACUCCGAACACCAUCGGACCCGGCGUCAAGAGCACGACCCAUUUCCACGUUGAAUUUCCCCCGGAGAACAUCAACGUUUCGCAAAAGGCCGUCAAUGUUUCUUUCAACCAGACUCCGGAGGCGGUUACUUGCUUCGCGAUUGCCCACCCUGAGCCGUCUUUUAGGUGGUACAGGGAGGGAUCCAACGACACGAUAAGUGAAAACAAUGUACUCUCAUUCUCCCACGGCUUGUCUGAACGAAACACCGGCAACUACAUAUGCGAGGCUUCGAACCGGCAUGGAUUGCAAAAAAUCGUCACGCACAUCAACGUCCAAACCCGCAAUGGAAGCCAGACAGCCCGCAAUGGAAGUCACACAGCCCGCGAUGGAAGUCACACAGCCCGCGAUGGAGGCCAUAGUGAAACCGUACAAGUACCGUGGUGGAACAAAUUCGAUCUUCUUCUGAUCAUAAUAAUCGUCGCCGUUGUCAUCAUUCUGGCUAUCAUAAUCAUCUGGAUAGUAAUCUACCUAAUUUGUCGACGCAAGCGGAACCAAGCAAAGCACAAUAACCGGGUCGUCGAGAUGGAGGAACGCGAUCGCCCUGACAGAGGAGCGCCCAGCCAGGCAGCAGCGACAGCUUCACACCCAACGCCAGCACCUAGAUGGCCUCUAAAGCCCGGCGUUCUCGUGCACAUUAAUCGUUCGCACAGCCUCCGUUCCGGGCUGAGCACUCGGCUGGACCUGCAGUCCCGGGUGGCUGGUUCUCGCCCCGUUUCUUCGUGUCUAGAGAGCGACUCCGAAGGGAGAUCCGUCCUUCACGAGGCCGUUCACACCGUCGCGAGAACGCCGGUCCGCGCCUACAGGCGAUCGAAAGACACACGAAGAGCCCUCAGCAUGUCGAAUGUCCACGAAGACGGCAUGCUUGCCAGGGCGAACAGGAUUCGAGCCAUGUUUGGAGCUCAGUUUAAAGACUCCGAUACCUUUCCGGGAAUCUCCAGAGACAAGACAGCCGUGACUUACAAGAGAAUAGUACCACCACGUCAACGGGUCUCGUGCGAGGUGGCGGUGACGUCGUUGUCGGGAACGACAUGCCCGAAUUACGAGGCCAGCGUAUCUCGCAAGCGUAAGAAGCCUGGAGCAGAUCCAACUCAAGCAGCGAAUAAUAACCACGUCGGCAGCGUCUCGGAGGGUCUGCCGGAUCCGGAAAUGAAGACCUUUUACGAGAACCUACCCUUCCACGGAAUACAGACACCUCCGAACAAGUUGAUUUCUCCUAAGUUUGCCCGAUCUUCGCCUUUGCAUGGCACAUUGCACUCGACCACGUCAUCGCCGGCUUCCUCGAGGCCGGCAAGUCGGCCACCUAGUCGUUCAGCGAGUAUUUGCGGCGGAAGUUCCGGAUACGGAUCGACCAGAAGUCAUUUAGGCCCUCACUACAGUCCGCACAACAUGCCAAGGAGCAACUCGCCCGAGCCAAAGUACAACUCGCUCAAACCACGCCGAAGAAAGCACAAACACGCGCAGUUCUACUCGCUCCGAUUGUGCAGACGGCAUCAAAACACCCAUCAUAACUACCAGCUCUAUGCUGUUCCCAUUCGGAAGAAUUGCCUGCACAAGUCUGGGUCCGUCGAAGAAAUUACGGACGCUCAUAUCACAGGCUUCGCCACCGUUUCGAACGAGGAUUCGAAAACCGUCGCACCUCCGGUUCCAGCGCCAAGGACAAGACGUGUCACAGACCCCUCGCAACACACUUACCAAAACGUUCCUCCACCUGUUUUUCCACAAAACUCGGCAACUAAAAACGUCAAGACCGCCAACCUAUACAACUACCAAGAACACUACCAGCAGCACGAGCAAGAGCUGCAGCAGUACGGCUACCCAGUGGCCAGCAGCAGCUCGAACCAACUAACCCUUCCACUAACGCGUAGCCUUCACCACUCGUCAGUAGUGAGUCCCAGUCCCAUGCAGACAACGACGACUACGAACUCGGUGCACCUGAAUCACCGUCAUUCGUUUCCACGCGCCCUGAUCCACGGGGACAUGGAGAUGGACCUGGUGCACGACCACCAGCCACGGCAAGGGGGACGCCGGCACGAGCGUCGGAAAUACCGGAAGCACGGCAACGACCGUAAGCAGAAGCAACAGCAGCAGCAGCAGCAACAGCAAAGGCGACAGGACCCCCGAAGGACCGAGUCGCCUUACACCUUCUCCCGGGAGACGGGUUUCAACCAGAUAUCGCAGGAGCCUCGGAGCGGUAGCGGGAGCAGGGAGGGUACCUACAAGAUAUCCUACCCCCAUUACUACGAGGACUCUAUCACCGAGUGCCCCCUGGACUACCCGUCCUACGAGGGAGUCCCCCGGGAGCACAGGGAGCGAGAAGUCGUUGAUAGGAGGGCCCGAAGGCAAAGAGCGAUACCUACAUUUUCUAGAAGAAAUUCUUCGCCCUACAGACCGGAGUUCUCGGACUUGGACUACGCCGAUGUAGACUAUCGUUCCUACGGGCCUAUAAACUACAAAGCUGCCAGCAUCGCUCUCCUCCAGAAACAAAAACAGCCCCAACAGCUCCAGCAGCGUCCUUCGAUGUACGGUCCUCUACACAAUCAGGACAACGAGGAGCUUCUGUAACGAUUUUGAAGUCUUCAGGAUCAAGGAUCAAGGGAGUGAUGGGGAUUUCAACGAGGAAUACGAAGACCGGUAUGAAGAUGCCUAUUGUACAUACAUAUAUAUUUAUUUAUGUACCGUGACGAGUCAAUGUCUCGAUUCGCGCAAUAUGGAGGCACGCAUCAUAUUAUAUAUAUGUAUAUGGGAUCAACUAACGUACCUUCUCUCUAUGUAUAAUAAAAAACCCCCGAUACCGUGGCACGCGCGAAGAGUACAGUUGGAAAAAGAAAAAUUCGUAGAAAAGAAAAAAACGAUUAUACAAAGAUCGGGUCGCCAGAGUUUUUACUGAAUUUCCAUCAUCUUUUCACGAUCGUUUAUUGAUUUGAAAAAAAGAAACCCUUUUCCCGUUUUUCAAACUCAUGAGAGCUGCUCGUGAAUCAUACCCUGCAGCUUAUGCUCGGUGAACUGGUAGAAUAUCGUUAGAUAAACACUGGCUAUAAAUAUUAUAAUAUCUUGAAAUAGAAUGGUAAUAAUAACAUCAAUAUGCGAAUAGCCUAUCCAUACCCUAUACAUGUAUACAUAAUAAACGCGUGUAUAUAAACAUGUUGUGUGCACAAA